CUUAUUUGACAUUAGUUCAAAAUGGCUGUCAGACUCGAAGUUUGUGUUAGUUAGGACGUGAGGGAUGGUAUUUGUAGGUGUGUCAUGGUAAAACAGGCCCGAUAAUGUUAACCCAUGAACCAUAUUCCAAUGUGACAAUGUGCACGUGUCGGUUUAGUGUCCGGUUAAGCGUCCAAAUCAGUUAAUGUAGUGAGGGGUUAGAACCGAUUUAAUAGGGGAAUUGAAUGUGUUAAUUGUAAAUAGGCAGCAUGUGGAACAUGAUGUGCGAUGUGAUGCCGACCAUCUCGGAGGACAGCAUCAGCCAGAGGAGUUCUCAAUUCUCCGGCGAAGAUGCCAACUUCGAGCAACUCAUGGUUUCGAUGCUCGACGAACGGGACAAACUCAUGGACAGUUUGCGGGAGACUCAGGAGCGUCUGGGGGAGACGGAAAUGAAGCUAGUGGACGUGGAGAAGGAGAGGGACUCGCUCCAGAGGCAGAUCGCCGCCAAUCUCCCACAGGAAUUUGCAACGCUCACGAAGGAACUCAAUGCAGCGCGAGAACAGCUCCUGGAAAGAGAGGAAGAAAUAUCGGAACUUAAAGCGGAACGAAAUAAUACUAGGUUACUUUUGGAGCAUUUGGAAUGUCUUGUGUCAAGACACGAAAGAUCACUAAGAAUGACAGUGGUGAAGAGACAAGCGGCCGCACAAUCGGGCGUUUCAAGCGAAGUAGAAGUUUUAAAGGCACUUAAAAGUUUAUUUGAGCAUCACAAAGCUUUAGAUGAGAAGGUACGUGAGAGACUGAGAGUAGCAUUAGAAAGAAAUUCAAGUUUAGAAGAGGAAUUAGCUGCAACCAAAGAAGAGUUACAACAAUAUAAGCAUGGAGUGAUACCUUCUAAUGUACCUGCCGUAGAAGAUAAACCCAAAGAGAAUGGACAAGUUGAAUCAGGGGACCAAGUAUUAAAUGUUAACAAUAAGGCAGCUUCGAAGCCGCGACUUGUGAACGGUGGUGUGGAACCUGAAACGGACAGCGCUGCAAGGAUAGCCGACCUUCAGCAAGCAUUGGAACAGCAAACUGGUGAGAUAAGUAACUGGCAGAGACGAGUAGCAGAGAUGCAGAAUCGUGUCGGCGAACUCGAAGAAAACUUGUCAAAGGCACAAAAAGAACUAUUYAAAGCACAAGAUGCCAAUGCGAAAUUGCAAAGGGAUUUGCGAGAAAACGUCGCGCAAAAAGAAGAUCAAGAAGAACGCAUUGCAACAUUGGAAAAACGCUAUCUCAAUGCUCAGAGAGAAUCGACAUCGUUGCACGAUUUGAACGAGAAAUUGGAGCAGGAGUUGCAACACAAGGAAGCGCAAUUGAAGGCCCAGGAGCGUCACGGUUCCGCCGAGGACCGUAUCCAGCGUCUCGAAGCAAGCCUCGAAGAGAAAAACGCUGAAUUGUUACGCCUUAACCAAAGACUAAAAAUGAACGAAGACCACAAUUCUCGCCUUUCGGCUACCGUCGACAAACUUUUAUCCGAAUCAAAUGAUCGUCUUCAAGACCAUCUAAAAGAACGCAUGCAUGCCCUUCAAGAAAAGAACAAUCUAACACAAGAACUCGACAAGACACGCAAAAUGAUGGAAGAACUCGAAAACCAAAAAACCGAUAUCAUGAAAGAACUGUCAAAAUCACGUCUUGAAAUCGACAAUGUCAAACGACAAAUGUUGCAACAGGAAAUCGCAUAUAAUAUUCAACAAACUGAUGCUUUGACACGGUCUUUGUCGCCUAAUGCCGUCGUUGAUUCGAGUAGUUUUUCACGUAGUGCUAGUCAUUCCAGCUUCGAUACUCAUUCCUUACCUCGAAGGCCGAAUAAAAGUCGAACACCCAUCGAUGAGGACCCCAAAAUGCCCCCAUUUGGUUCGCGMUCRAUGGCCGAACACGAAUGGGAGAAGUUGCAACAAGCUCAUGUUCUUGCCAAUGUUCAACAGGCCUUUGAUGUGUCAAGUGAUGCCGAAGGUGACGAUAAUGAUAGUUUGUUUAGUACUGCUGAUAUGUUAUCACCUUCGGGACAUACCGAUGCACAGACUUUAGCAAUGAUGCUUCAAGAACAACUCGAUGCUAUCAACAACGAAAUUCGGUUAAUACAAGAAGAGAAACAGAAUACCGAGGCACGAGCCGAGGAAUUGGAAUCGAGAGUUGGUAGUAUGGAACAUAUGAAUUUGUUGGCGAGAGGGAGGAGUUUAGAACGACAAAGUCCACCAGUAAGCGGGAGGUCUACACCGAAAUCGCAUCAUUCYCCUCAAAGGGAUUAUAUGCAUAAGUAUCAUACGCUUCAGUUGGCACCAUUGUCUUCGGAAAUGUCAAGAGAGGAGAUGCAUAUGGGUGAUAGUAGUAGUGGAGGAGGUGCCUCACCUUUAACUGCAAGGUCACUUAGACUCGAAAGAGUUGCUCAAGCUCUAGCUCACAGUCAAGAAGAAUUGAGAAGACGGACUGGCGCUAGUGGUUUGCCUCCAGGAGUUACAUACAGUGUGUUUAGGCAAGGCCAGACGCACACACCUCCAUCACCUCUAUCCUCUCGUCACAGCAGUCAGGAGAGUCUGCACAAGAAUACAGUCAGUGGCGUACCAAGAGAUGUUUCAGCGGCGGCAGUAGCAGCAGCAGCAGCAGCACAAAAGAAGAAAGGUAUCAAAUCGUCGUUAGGUCGCUUUUUCAGCAAGAAAGAAAAGGUGAAAGGAAAAGAAGUUGGAAGUGAGAGUUCUUUGAAUCUUAGUCAAACCAGCAUUGGGAUGCCCGAUGGUGAUUUAAGUGAUUCGAUGAGCGUCUCUGGGAAACUGGGACAGAAGGGAGACUUUGAUCGAAGACAGAAGAAGAAGUGGGUGGAGCGUGAUUACAGACACGAACUUCUCGCCGAAGCCAUGAAAGCAGGAACCCCAUUUGCCUUAUGGAACGGCCCUACAAUCGUCGCAUGGUUGGAAUUAUGGGUGGGAAUGCCGGCAUGGUAUGUGGCAGCAUGUCGAGCGAACGUGAAAUCGGGGGCUAUCAUGAGCGCCCUCAGCGACACCGAAAUCCAAAGAGAAAUAGGAAUAAGUAAUCCGUUGCAUCGGUUGAAAUUAAGACUGGCCAUCCAGGAGAUGGUGUCGUUGACGUCGCCCUCGGCCCCAAAGACCUCGCGCACGACAUUAGCCUUCGGGGAUAUGAACCACGAAUGGAUUGGGAAUUCGUGGCUGCCGGCAUUGGGGCUGCCCCAAUAUCGGACCACCUUUAUGGAGUGUUUGGUCGAUGCGAGGAUGUUGGACCAUCUCACCAAGAAGGAUCUAAGGGGGCAACUCAAAAUGGUCGAUAGUUUUCACAGGACUAGUCUACAGUAUGGCAUAUCAUGUUUGAAGAGGUUGAAUUAUGAUCGAAAUUUGUUGGAAGAGAGGAGGAAAAAUUCUGAAAAUGCGUUACAGGAUGUUUUGGUUUGGAGCAAUGAACGUAUUAUUAGAUGGGUGUCGAAUAUUGGAUUAAAGGAAUAUGCAAACAAUUUAUUAGAAUCAGGAGUCCAUGGUGCUUUAAUUGCAUUGGAUGAGAGUUUUGAUGCGAACAGUAUGGCUCUCACGUUGCAAAUUCCGACUCAAAAUACACAAGCAAGGCAAACCUUAGAAGUAGAAUUCACAAAUCUCAUCCGCGUGGCGACAGAGCGACGAGUGGUGGAUGACCUAGUCCGGUCCUGAUAUGGCCCCGACCUCCAUUAAAAAAAAAAAAAAAACAGACCAUGUAGUGUUCCGCUGCUCGCAGUCAUAUGCAGCCCGUGCUACCUCUCCCCUCUCGUCGUCGAUAUUCGCUGUACAAAAGAAAAAAAUCAGACUUGUGUAUGAAAAUGACAUAAGAGCUUUAAUGAACUAAUCUGUAUCGUAAAUAACUUAUAGUAUUAUUAAUUGUACAUUGAAGUUGUUGUUUAUCUGUUGGAUUACCAGCGAGUAUAUUGUUGAAUGUGGCAGCGACAGUCAGUAUUAUCCCAUGCGUGCCUGCACUCGGUGCUGCCAUCUGUUGAGCUUGUAGACACUGUUAAUUUGCUGAUUAGCUAGUACAAAAAAAAACUACCGGUGUCCUCGUAAAGCUUCUGGAUGUGGAUGGUUUGUAUCCGACUUGUACUCAGCUAUUUCACAUCUUGAUUAGCGAAUCCGAUUACACAAGGCGACAAAAAUAAGCCAUGUCGUGACAACUUGACAAAUUUUAGAUCACUAAAAAAAUUUUUUUUUUUUUUUUGAACUAAAUAAUUUUUUUCUAAUUUAAAUGAGUUUAAAA